UGUAACAAACCUGCAUGUUGAGCACAUGUACCCCAAAACUUAACUUAUAAUUAAAAAAAAAGUGAAAAAAAAAAUCUUCCUCCCAUUACCAAGAUAGAAAUGGACCCUUAGUUACUGCCACUUGCCAUCUCAAUCUAUGUUCUGGAUAGAAAUGGUGCUUGCUCUCUGCUAGCUGUUAAUUGACAUCACUUCUGCCAGAACUCUCCAUCAUUAUUGACAAGAAUGUUCUCCCUUGUUAAUUGCCCAGAAGCACAUUGAGUGAUUGAUUGUAACUUUUGGACAGAUUUGAAAUGCAUUUGCAGAAAAGGGUGGGGGUGGUAAUGACAUAACGCAUGGUAAUGACACCAACUAACUGCUUAUUUAAGUUUGUUCAGGAAAAAUAUAGUGAUCAUUUACCUGAUUUUUACCUUUUAUAUAGAUGUGCUAAUGGUAAGUAGUGAUAGCUUUUAAGGAUGCCCCAUAUUAACCCAAUGCUUCACAAAAUCUCUCUCAGACUAUGCCCAUAAAACUCCAAAAUCUAUGGUCAACUAGUGGGAAAAAUGAAUAAUUUAUUUAACAUAUAAGCAGGGAAAAACCAAUGGGUAGAUGGAAUAUUUUACAUUUUUGUUGAUUUAAUUAUAAGUAGGAAAUACCUAGAUUAAUGAGAAGAGUUUUUAAAUGGAAGACUGGGAAUGCUCAAUAUUCAACAGUGUAAGAUUUUCUUUUAGCAUAGAAGCAACUAGAGUAACAGAUUAAGUGCAUAUUUUCAUGAGAACUUUGCUUACAAGCUGGAUUUCCCUAGAAGUAUUUGAGACACAAGGGUGAGUCAACUAAUAGUAUCUACAGUGUUUUUGCAACCAUAUAAUGAGAGAGUAAGUCUGGAUCAGUAGUUACUGAUGUAUGAAAUCACAUGAAGAGUUUUUUAAAAUGCCAAUGCCUGGAUCCUCCCCUAGAAAUACUGAUUUUAUUUGUCUAGGCAGGGUAAUGAUGAUCAAACUUUACUCUGAAGCAGCAUCUUCUCACAAACUUGGUAAAAGUAUAAAGCCUCAAGCCCUAUCCUGCUUCAAGCAGCCUGGGUCUUUGUUUGCUGGAUUACCUCUCCUGGUGAUUCUGAUAACAUCAAAGUUUGGAAUCACUGCUCUGGGUUCAACAUCAGACAUUUUUUUCAAGCUCCCCCAGGUGAUAUUCCCUGGGUGCAGCCAAGGCUGGGAACUACUGAUUAAAGAGAUAUUUAGGAUUCUUCCCAGUCUGGCAGGAAUAAUAAAAAUUGCUACCGUUAUUAAACAUUCAUUGCAUAUAAGGCAUUGUGCUAAGUAUUAUUUCAUUAAAUAAUUGCAAAAUUCAGUGAAGUAGGUAAUGUUAGUACUACUUUGCAUAUGAGAGACAGGGAGGGUAAAUAAUUUAGCUAAAGUAACAUGGGUAGGAAGUGGUAGAUUGGAACUCAAGCUGUAACCUCAAAGAUCACACAAGAAACUAUUACAAUCAAUAAUCUUUUGGAAUUAUAAGAUAAAUUAAAAACUCUACAAGUUGGAAACAUAUUAAAUUAUUUUCUUCUAUUUUAAAAUGUUCCUGACUUGCAAUUACAUAGUAAAAACAAAACAAAGAAUUUUUAAAAGUCAAUGGAAAAUAUAGAAAAAAAUAAAGUAUUCAUGAGUUAAAAGGAAGGAGUAAAUUGGUAGUGAAAAUCAGGUUAGAUUUUAAUUAUUCCAAUUUAAUCUGGAAAAAAAUUAUAAGUUACUUGUGUUAGUAUAUGAGAAAUUAGAAUAAGAGUUUCAGAUAGAGGUAUUUUGCCACAGUUAUAUUGAGGGGAAAGGUAGCAAGCAUUUCAGGGGAAAGAAGAAAUCUGUAUACUUCUUUAAAAUGGUUUCGGAUGUUAAUAAUGCAAUGAAUUAAAAGAAAAAAGGCAGUCUAUACGCAGAACACUUCCAUUUCUCUCCUUUUGUGUUUGGGAAAAUACUGACUUACUGCCCUCCUAGGCAUGGAAAAUACUUUGACCACUGCCAUCAGUCACACUUGUAUCUGCAAAGGGGCAAAAAGAGUGCCUUUGUAAAGUAUGGUUUAGUCCUAUACAGUGGGGAGUGGUGCUUAGGAAACUGCCUUGUUUCUCUUAAGACACAACCUUUCUCAGAUUUGGUGUGUAGUCCGCAUAUGAGCAGAGGGCUCAUAUUAAACUGAUAGAGGAAAGGUAUAUUUCCAACCAUAAAUAAAUAAAUAGCAUGAAGAGAUGAUGGGGGCCUUCUCCUGCCACUUGCACAUUUCACGGACUGUUCUUGCUGAUAAGCAAAGUGAGCACUUAUUUUCAUUGGCAUUAUUUUCCCAGUGGCACCUAGACUAUGUGGAGAGUGUUGAAUUUUCAGCAGUCUAGAGAGUUGGAGACAUGGUUCCUGAUUCUGUUACUCUAGCAUCCAUUACAUGAUAUGCAUGAAAUGUACAUAUGAAAUUAUGUUAAGACUGAGUGCGUGGGAAGAAUAGAAUAAUUACACAGCCAACAAGUUGUUGUGAGUUCUAAAUAUAUUAUCGUUCAAAUAAUGGAUGGUACUGUGGUAACUUUCACAAAGAAAAAUUCUAGAAUUAUUUUAACGGUAAGCAAAUUGCAUUUGAUCUUUAAUGUGGUAAAAUUAAAAAGGUACAGGGAAAAAAGUGUCUACAUAUUGCUCUGAAAUCCUCUUGGCUUCUUAAAAACAUUUGACACUGCAGGAAAAUGCUAAUUAAAGGAAGACAAAAGUUGAAUUUGGAUUCUAGUGCCUCAUAGGACUCGAAUUUCUGUGAAUAUUGAUACAACAUGUUUUUAAAACACUUUGGUAAUAGAGCUCUGUUCUGCUGGAAGUGGCAGAAAGGCAACUUGCAGGUAGGCAAUGAAGGUAGAGACUACCAAAGAUAAUCAGAGGUUUGUAAUUGAAAAGGUGCCUCAACCUUAACUCUGGCCAGCGGGCUCAGCCAUGGCUCUGCAACUAAGGACGACUCGCCUUGAUUUCCAGCGAGGACCACUCUCGGGGCCAGGUUGGAGGAAGAUCUUCAAGAGGAAACACUGGGCAUUCUCCCUGCUAUGGGAAAGAUCCACACAAUGUUUUAUCCUAUGUCAGGGAAAGAGACUGAAUUAAUCUUACUAUUGGAUCUUCACCCAGAUCCAAAUUUUCAGCGACGCGCAUAGACAAUAUUCCAGGCAACUUUGCCAGGUCACAUUCCUUAUCUUUGGAAGCGCCAGCAUGGGGCUUAUCGUCAACAAGCUCUGAGAACCAGCCAGGAAUCGCCAAACUCCAUUUCUCGAAGAGCACUGAGGCAAGCGGAGGUGAAGAGGAAGCCUCGGGGCAGUGAGGAGCAGUGUGGGGGAGGGAGGCGCGGGCACGACGAGGGGAAGGAUCAGGAGGACAGGUCUGACUCCUGACUGGCUGGAGUGGUUUUGGAGAAAGUCACAGCUCCGGCGUGCCAGCCUGGAGCUGUCCAACUUUUCAGCAGCUCUGGGAUCAGGGUUCCGGUGCCUUGGACCGGGGAGGCGGCUACCACUGCCGCCGCCGCCGCCGCUGCUGCUGCUUCUGCAGCUCGAGUUGCUGACAAUCCCUGCUCUCGCCGCCGGCGCCCAAAGAAAGGAAGGGAAGAAAAAAGGGAGGAAGAAGGACCAACCUCUGGCGAAACCGGGCACCGCGCACCCUAGUCUUGGUGACUUGGGGAGCCCGGGAGCGCGUCUCUGCCAUAGCCUCGGUGGAAGGAGCCCUGCCGCGUUCUGUGACCCCUCCCGCUGGCAGGGCCCCCUCUCGGUAGCCCUGAGGCUCUGGCGCCUUCAAGUGAGAAGCUGAGCACCAGCCUCUGCUGGGCUGCAGAAGCGGCGGCGGCGGCGGCGGCAGCAGCAGCAUCAGGAAGGCGCUCGGGCCAGGGCGGUGAACCCGGGCUGGGCAGCAGGGAGCGGAGCCGCGAGUCAGGAUGGAGGCAGAGGGCAGCAGCGCGCCGGCCCGGGCGGGCAGCGGAGAGGGCAGCGAUAGCGCCGGCGGGGCCACGCUAAAAGCCCCCAAGCAUCUCUGGAGGCACGAGCAGCACCAUCAGUACCCGCUCCGGCAGCCCCAGUUCCGCCUCCUGCAUCCCCAUCACCACCUGCCCCCGCCGCCGCCACCCUCGCCCCAGCCCCAGCCCCAGUGUCCGCUACAGCCGCCGCCACCGCCCCCCUUGCCGCCGCCCCCGCCGCCAACCGGGGCUGCCCGCGGCCGCUACGCCUCGAGCGGGGCCACCGGCCGCGUCCGGCAUCGCGGCUACUCGGACACCGAGCGCUACCUGUACUGUCGCGCCAUGGACCGCACCUCCUACGCGGUGGAAACCGGCCACCGGCCCGGCCUGAAGAAAUCGAGGAUGUCCUGGCCCUCCUCGUUCCAGGGACUCAGGCGGUAAGUACGUCACCAUUUUUGAAACUCUAUGCAGAUGGGUAAGUCUUGCUGUUGGAACUUUUCCUGUUGAUUUGCAUACUUGGAGGAUCUGGAUCAGACAAUGUGCUUAUCGUGGUCAGACAAAUGCCUUUAUUUUAUUCAAGCAGAGAUCUGGAAAGAUAACAGAAUUUCCCACACAUGCUUUCUAUCUCUGUUUCAAAUCUUUGGCAGAAAAAAAAAAUCUGUUAUUUUUAAUUGGAUAAAAUGUUAAGUUUAAAUAAUUGAAGAUUGAAUUUCUUACUCUGUCAAUAGAAGGCAGAGUAGUUGAAAGACUUGAGAAAAGAAGAACAAUUGUUUACUUCCCAUUAGAAAUCAUAAAAUCCUCUGAAGUAAACAUACAAAUCUUUGUUUUCCUGCCUUCAAACAGGAAAAAUUUUUUCAGUGCCUAACAGAUAUUCCAUGAUUAGAUUAUUUUAAUGAAAAAUAAUUUUGUAUCAAAUAGAAAAAGUGGCAAAUGGCCCUGCAAGACCACGUGUGCAUAAUAUUGUAGAAGGAAUUCCUGUUAUGACUAAGAGUUGAUGUAGUUAAUUUAGUAUGUCUAAAGUUGGCUGUAGUCUAUCACCACAGAAGACUGAACUGGAAGAAAUGAUCUUAAAUCACAAAGGAUUUGGUAAAGACCUAAGUGAGCUGUGAAAGAUGAUUAAACUAUGAAAUAAUUCACAAAAGGAAGUUAUAAAUUCCUUGCCACUUGUGAACUCUGAAAACUACAUAGACAGUUAUGUUCAUAUUAGGAAAUAAAGAUUUAUCCUGCCUUGGCACAAUGUAUUGAAUUGGCAUGUUGUUCUCAAUAACAAAGUCUCAAUUUGCUUCAUCAGCUUUAAUUCCCUAAUUACUCCAUACAUACUCUAUACUCUGUGUGUCAGUCUGAGUCUUCCAAGAAGCCCAUGCCAAAAUGGGAUUAGAAAUGCAAGAAUUUUAGAAAAUGCCCUUGUAGAAGAAUAUAAGGAGGGAGCCAGUUAAGACUAAGGGAAACUUCAAAGCAUGAUCCAAGUUUGACUCUGAGAAAAGAAGGGAGAGAGAAUUGGUGAGAGCAUCCUAAAUUGGGCUAGCCAAAGGCAUAUGGGAGUUCUCAAGCCAAAAUCAGCCAUCAGAGGAAUCCUAUGUUUCCCAGGAAUGUGUCUGCCACAAUAUGCCCUCUGUGCUCAGUCAGUAUCAAGAAACAGGGCAUGGGAGGUAUGGCCUUAGCUCAGAUGCUGCAGUGAAUUUCAGAGGCAUCAGUUGGGGCCCUUCACUGAUUAUAGUCCCUAUAGUUGGAGGUCUGCAGCACAUCCUCAUGGCCCCUGCACGGAGGCUCCUAGAUCUUGGUUCUUUCUGAUUCUGUUACAAUUCCUUCUCUCUCCACAUCUUACUUAUUCUUCAUGCCGAAAUCAGUUACCACUUCUUUCAUGAAGGUGACUCUGUACAACCUAGUGGCUAAUAAUUACCAUUCUCUUUUGGACUUUAAAAGUUCUUGUAUUUUCCUAUGGUAUUUAUUGUUUUUGUUAUCCAUUUAUUUAAAAAAAUGGUAUUGAGAGCUGCAUUCGUGCUAGACACCUUUCUAUGCUCUGUGGGGGAGAGGAUCAGAAAAAAAUGGCAAAACAUAACAGUCUAAUGGAAAAGAUAAUACUGUAAAAUACAUUAACUAAAAUAUAACAUAACAUAGAAGUGUAGAAGUACGAGCAAAAGAUAUAAGGAGACAGAAGAAGGAAGAAUAACCUUUUGGGAAAGAAGGGAAAGCAGUGCUCAGGGAGGGGUGGAGGAUUUAAAGUGGGACUUGACAUUGAGCUUUGUCUUGGAGGAUAACCAGCUCCUUAGGAGUUGAUGGUUGAAUAGGCAGCAUUUUGAAGUUCAUGGUUAUAUGAAGGAGCAUAGAAAAGGUUUGUAGUACGGACAGCGUUGCAUGUCAUAAGGAAUUUAUGGGAUUACCGCCAAAGAGAAAUCUGCAAAAUUGGCCUAAAGCCAGAUUAUAUGGGGCAUCUGGUCUUGGCAAGUAGCUUGGACUUUAUUCUCUGUGAGGCCAAUCCAAUUCAGAACAUCUCAGAGUCGUGGGCCAGGCUGAAUGACAAAAAUAUUGAUGUAUAUAAUUCUGUAUGGCAUACUAAAAUGGUAUGAUUCUACCAAACAGAAAAAAUGGUGAUACUAUAUAUUUAAAUAUGUUGUCUAUAUCUAAAAACUACUAAUAAAUAAAUUACAAUGAAGAAAAUCACAUUUUGAUAAAAUAAGAUAAAAAUAUAGGACAUAAGGCCAAAAUGUAAUGGGACGAUUUAGCGGACUCUUAAUCUCAGGUGUAAGAUUUGUCAUGAAUAACUGUUUUCUGCUCAAUAUACAUUUACUUUCUGUACAGUGUGGUUAUAGAGACAUAACUGAAAAAUCUAGUUGUCUUCAAAAUAUGUAAGGUAUCAAAAAUCAGGAUUUCAUGCUGAGUGUGCUUUAUAAUGUUUGGAAACUAGUUGUAAUUAGUUGAAGCAUUCACCAGAAUGUCACUUGACAAUUCUAACUUUAAAUAUCUAUACGCCCUAAAGUUAAUAUAUUAUAUUGAUUUUGAUUUUUAAUUUGAUGUAAUUUCAGAUUUACUGUAAAGUAGCAAGAAUAGCACAAAGAAUUCUCAGAUACCCUUCACCAAUAUCCCCCAAAUGUAAACAUUUUACUACAUUUACUUUAUUCAGUCUCUCUGUCUCUCAUGUCUACCUUUCUAUCUAUCUAAUCAUCUAUGUAUCCGUCUACCCAUACACACGUUUGCUUAUUGAUACACAGUAAGAGCAAGUUGCAGACAUGAUACCCCUUUGCUUCUAAAUACUUAAAUAAUUCCUAAAAUCAUGUAGUUACCACACAUAGGUACAGUUCAUUGGUUAAAAUUAGCAAAUUAACACAGAUAAAAUGUUUUUAUCUAAUCUACAGACUUUAUUCUAAAUUUCAGUUGUCCCAAUGAUGUUCUAUAUAGCCAAUGAAAUUACAAAAUCAUGCUUUGCAAUCAAUUGUCAUGUCUCUUUAAUAUCCUUUAAACUGGAGCAGUUUCUGAAUCUUCAUCAAAGACUAUUUCAUGACAUUUACAUUUUUGAAGAAUUACAUGCCAGUUGUUUUGUACACUGUCUUGAUUUGUUUGGGCUGCUAUAACAAACUACCGUAGUCUGCAUGGUUUAUAAACAACAGAAAUUUAUUUCUCACGGUUCUGGAGGUUGAGGAGUCCCAUGAUCUGUGCUACAGCAGAUUUUCUGUCUGGUGAGUAUCAGCUUUGUAGCUCAUAAAUAGCUGUCUCCUUGCUGUGUUUUUACAUGGCAGAAAGGAAGAGAGUUCUCUGGGGUCUGUUUUAUAAGGGCAUUAAUCCCAUUCAUGAGGGCUCUGUCCUCAUAAUCUCAUCACUUCCAAAAGGCCACACCCGUAAAUACCAUCAUAUUGCUGAUUAGGUUUCAACAUACAAAUUUGGAGGCAACGCAAACAUUCAGUCUAAAGCAUAAGCUAUCUUUCAAUUUGAGUUUAUUUUGUGUUUCCUGGGGAUGAUAGUCCAGUCAUACAACUUGGGCAGGAAUAUCACAGUAGUGAUGCUAAGUCCUUAUAUCCAGAGGUAGAUGCUGUUGUUUAGUACCAUUACUGACAGUUUUAGCUUUGAUCAUUUGGUUAAAGUGGUGUCUACCAGAUUUCUCCACUGUAAAGUUUCUAUUUUCGACCUUUGUAAUUAAAAAGCAUUUUGUACAGUGAUAAUAUGAGACCGUGUAAAUACGCUGUUAUUCCUCAAUUUCUUACCCAAUAGCUUUGGAAUCCGUUGAUGAUGAAUAAUAACCAUAUUAUUAUGGUUGCUGUUUUCAUUGAUUUCAUGCUGCUAUAACAGAAUACCAUAGACUGGGUAAUUUAUAAUGAAUAGAAUUUAUCUGGAUCAUGGUUCUGGAGGCUGGAAAGUUCAGGAUCAAGGGGCUACGUCUGGUGCAGUCCUUUUUCCUGCUGCAUCAUAACAUAAAGAAAAGUAUCACAUGGGCAAGAAAUAGGGAGAAGGGGGCCAAACUCUUUUUUUUUUUUUUUUUUUUUUUUUUGAGAUGGAGUC